CAACACCAGAUUAAGUCCAUUGGAAAUUUGGUCGUCGAUCGCAACGACAUCUCCCACGGCAAGACAGAAAGGAGAUUUUGAGAAUGGAAGCGUCGGUUGACACAAGAAUUGAACAAGAUCUCAUCGACCCAGAUGAUGCUGAUCUGAAUGAGCUUGACGAUCCGCUCCAGCCAGUGAGCACAUCUGACCGCGCCCCUCUCACAGGCAACAUCCAGCCAGCCGGCGGCUCCUCGUCACGAAAUGCACAAUCCUAUCUCUCUAGCGCUAUUGGCGGUGAGGAUCGUCGUGCGCCUCAGAAUACGAUCGAUGAAUCCGUGUGGGAAACACUGUCGAGAGACUUGAAGGCGGUAUGGGAGAAGAUGAGGCAAGUCCUAUGGCCGAAGUACCUUCUGGGUGGAAUGCUCAUGCGCGGCGGAGGCGGGAUCGCCGGCGAGGUAGAGAGGGGCGAGGGCCUUCGAGGCGUGAUGGGAGGGCUCGGAAGAUGGCCAGAUGCGGAUUCUGUACUCCAAGGAAGCAUGAGCGAGGGCUUGCGAGACUGGGACCUUUGGGGGCCGCUAUUGUUUAGCCUGCUUCUCAGUUUCCUCCUGGCAAGAGGAGCAAGAGAAGAGCAAGAAGCAGCUGUUUUCUCUGGUGUUUUUGCCAUGAUAUGGGUUGGUUCUGCCGUGGUUACACUCCAAAUCAAACUCCUAGGUGGCAACAUUUCAUUCUUCCAAUCAGUCGGCAUUAUUGGCUACACUCUGUUUCCCCUCACAAUAGCCGGACUACUCUCUUCGCUCGGUCUCUGGAUGAUCCUGCGCAUACCUAUCUACAUACUUUUAGUUGCAUGGUCGCUCGCAGCGGGCAUAAGCAUCUUAGGCGGCUCGGGCGUUGUACGGAACAGAGUUGGUAUAGCAGUAUACCCUCUGCUGGUAUUUUAUGUUGGCCUAGGCGCACUGUGCUUCAUCACAUAAGCAUCGCUGGAAAACUAAGCCCACUUUUUUUCAUUUUGGAUCAUUGAACCUCAAUUGAAAAGGUUCAUCGAUUUUGCAGGCGGAAUAAGGGAAGCCAAGGUGUAGCAAUACAGCAAAACAUAUACAGCACUUCCCACCCUUGGCCCUGUUCACAUUCACGUUGUGGUCCUCACUUCCCGUUAUUCCCUUCACAGCCAUGUUAAUCCAUUUCAGAUUCCCGGACAAUUGAAUUCAUCCUAAAAUGCACCUCGCCAGCCGGUGUAUAUCGCCAUAGAAACAUUAGUUGAUGCAUGCGGCAUGACAGUGCAUGAAGUUGUGAUGAACGUUUGAGGCGAGCUGUAUGGAGUUUUUGGGUCGCUUGUGCAUAGGCGAGGUGCAUGACGCUGGCUAAAUGUUCAACUACUGGGACCGAAUGAAAUUGCGCCUUCAGACCCCUUGACUUUAAGGGGCGCUAGGGUCAAUUGCAAAUGAGAGAAAGGAUCUGAGUUAGCAAGAAACUGAAUUCUAUAAACAAAGAG